GGAGGUUGAAAGUGCAGGAUUAUUCCGCGCCUGCGCGGCCCGGGUCAGUUCGCUGGCUGCUCCUGGGCUCCCGGCUCGCCGCCAUCUUGUAUUGGGGCUUCAUUGUUCGCGCUGGGCCGGCCGCUUUGGUGUAACUGCCGCCGAAAAAAAGAGGCGGAGUAACCUCCGGUCAGCCGAGGAACCCCGCUAUCCCGCAGCCAUAGCGGCCCAAAAGAUUUGGGAGGUAAUAAAAGACUAGGGAGCUGGACCCGGAGGCGCGACCGCGACAGCAGCAGCCAUGGAGGACGAGACGCCCAAGACUCUGUAUGUCGGUAACCUUUCCAGAGAUGUGACAGAAGCUCUAAUUCUCCAGCUCUUUAGCCAGAUUGGACCUUGUAAAAACUGCAAAAUGAUUAUGGAUGUAAGGACAGCUGGAAAUGAUCCAUAUUGUUUUGUGGAGUUUUAUGAGCAUCGUCAUGCAGCUGCAGCACUAGCUGCUAUGAAUGGGCGGAAGAUAAUGGGUAAGGAAGUCAAAGUGAAUUGGGCAACAACCCCCAGCAGUCAAAAGAAAGAUACAAGCAGUAGUACCGUUGUCAGCACACAGCGUUCACAAGAUCAUUUCCAUGUCUUUGUUGGUGAUCUCAGUCCAGAAAUUACAACUGAAGAUAUAAAAGCUGCUUUUGCACCAUUUGGAAGAAUAUCAGAUGCCCGAGUGGUAAAAGACAUGGCAACAGGAAAGUCUAAGGGAUAUGGCUUUGUCUCCUUUUUCAACAAAUGGGAUGCCGAAAACGCCAUUCAGCAGAUGGGUGGCCAGUGGCUUGGUGGAAGACAAAUCAGAACUAACUGGGCAACCCGAAAGCCUCCAGCUCCAAAGAGUACAUAUGAGUCAAACACCAAACAGCUAUCAUAUGAUGAGGUCGUAAAUCAGUCUAGUCCAAGCAACUGUACUGUGUACUGUGGAGGUGUCACUUCCGGGCUAACAGAACAACUAAUGCGUCAGACUUUUUCGCCAUUUGGACAAAUAAUGGAAAUUCGAGUCUUUCCAGAUAAAGGAUAUUCAUUUGUUCGGUUCAAUUCCCAUGAAAGUGCAGCACAUGCAAUUGUCUCUGUUAAUGGAACUACCAUUGAAGGUCAUGUUGUGAAAUGCUAUUGGGGCAAAGAAACUCUUGAUAUGAUAAAUCCCGUGCAACAGCAGAAUCAAAUUGGAUAUCCACAAGCUUAUGGCCAGUGGGGCCAGUGGUAUGGAAAUGCACAACAAAUUGGCCAGUAUAUGCCUAAUGGUUGGCAAGUACCUGCAUAUGGAAUGUAUGGCCAGGCGUGGAACCAACAGGGAUUUAAUCAGACACAGUCUUCUGCACCAUGGAUGGGACCAAAUUACGGAGUGCAGCCACCUCCAGGACAAAAUGGCAGCAUGUUGCCUAAUCAGCCUGCAGGGUAUCGAGUGGCAGGGUAUGAAACCCAGUGAAAAAGGACUUCAGAAUCUAAAGCCAGUGGCUUGAGGCUACAGGGAGUGUAGUAAAGCCGUUGUUUACUUAAAGAUUUAUCAAAUCAGUCAGUGCAAAUGUCAGAUACAAUGUAUUUAUUUAAAAGAUUCAUUUUUUAAUCAUGAAAUUACUUAUCAUCCACGUUGUUUUAAAAAGAAACAAGAUGCUGGAUGUCUGCCAAUUUUUGCCUUCAUUACCUUUUUUGAUAAAGUUUCUCAGAUCCUUGUUUCAAAUACAAAUGCAGGGAUUGCUGCCACUUUUUUUAAAUUAAGAGGCAGAAAAUUGCACAAUGUUGAACUUUUUUCCACUAAGGUAGUGUGCAGUUCUAGUUUGCAUUCCUGAUAUGAUUUAAAACAUGUAAUAUAAAGAUGUAAAAAAAAAAACAAACCAACAACCAAAACUGUGCAGAGUCUAGAAGUUCUUUGUAAUCUUCAGCUUGUGCACAAUUCUGUUUUAGGUUUUUUUAAAAAAAGGCAUUGUUUGAACUGUCCCAUCUUCACUGUUUUCCCUUUGGGGUUUUUAAAUAUAAAUUAUUAGUUUACAUCAUUUUUGUAUCUACAUUUUUUUCACAAAUUUGUCUUGCCUUAUUAAAGUUGUGUAAAAUAAAUGAAAAAAAUGAUGUUCACGUAGAUUGAAAACUUUUCUCAGAUGGAUUGAUAAUUGCAUUCAUCUUGUGUUUUAUAUGAGAAGGUGCCUCAAGAAUUCCCUGUUGGAUUUGUUUAAAAGGAUUUUUAUCUUCUGUGAUAAACUUUGCUGUGUACCAGGAAAUAUAAAAACAAAAACUUGUUACUAAAGAAAAUCUCUGAAAUGUGAUAAGUUCUUUUGAACCUGUGUUAAUUUCAUGUGUCAGCUUCUACAUUUACAUGUAUUAUUUCAUUAUGUAAAAUGUCUUAGCAAUUUAAUAUUUUGCACAGUUAGCAAACUUUGUAUGUCAUUUUCUUCUUAAAGGCAUCAUGCAGAGUUGACAGGAGAUUUAUAAAGUUUUAAGUUGUUUGCAUGUGAAUAUCAAAUACACACUUUGGUAGUCUUUGAAUACAAAGUCAUCUGCUCUUGUUUUUCAAGAAUUUUAAGACACAAAGUUGUAUGUAAAGAAUAUAUUAAUUUGCCAUUUUCUAGUUAUAUUUACUCAAAAAGAGUAAAUCAACUUAAUGUACAAAUGAUAGCUGUGAAACUGUAGAAUAUCCUUAUGUCAGGCUUGGGGUUCGUUGUGAACUCCAAAAUUAGCCUGAAGGACCAGCCGGGCAAAGCAUUUUUUAAAUGUUCAGAGGCCAAAAGAUAAACAAAAAAAACCCUUAAAAUCCUACCUCCUUAAACAGCCUUCAAAGAGGAGAAUCCUCAGUGCAAUUGUUAUUUUGAUUCUUUUGGUACCUGUUUUCCUGGAGUUCCCAAUUUUAUUAUUUUGGGGUGGCUCCGAGCAUUAAGAGGUUUAAUCUUUGAUGGCAUUGUUCUAGUUUUGAAAUUUCUAGUACAUUUCAGAGUCUCUUAGAAGAAUUGUGGGAGAUUUUGUUUUGUUUUCAGUGAAAGUCAUAAACUCCGUUCUUCCUUGACUCACAAAGGGGAAUGGUCCCCAGUAUACAUAUUCGGCUGGUUGGUUGUUUUUAAGACCUUCAGAGAGCUCCUAGCAUUUUAUUUAGAAACAGAAAAGGCCUGUGAAAUCUUUAAGUUUCCUGGCCUGUACCUUCUAGGUAGGAGCAAAUGACUCUAAGCUGGUCUCUAAGCCAAUACUCUUGUAAACCAGAGCCCAGGAAAGACAGCUCAUAAGUGUAUAAUUCUCUGGAGCUCAAUUCUAUGCAGUUGUACUGAUGUUUCAUUAAGUCACUGUGUAUUUUUAAGUGUUGAUAGAUUAAAAGUUGCUUUAUGGAAAAUGAGUAAAUUUUUUAAAUACUUGGAAAUUUUAUUUCCUUGUUAACUUCUACAGAUCAGGGCAUGCAACCUAAAGCAGCUUAAAUGAAAUACUCAAAAGAGAAAAUAUCAGGAAGCUGUUUUUAGAUUCUUCUGGAUUAUGUUUCUAUUUUAGGACCCUCAUUAUUUUUCUCUUAUUCAAAAAGAUUUUAUUUCCUAUACAUCUGUGGACUGCAGGGUAAAUUAUUUGGGCAUAAAUAAUUUAAGCAAAAAUGCAGUUUUUCUUUCAUCUAGACUCUCAAAUAAUAAUAACAGUAACACUUUUUAUUAGCCAGUAUAUUUUCUUAUUGUACAAAUCUUAAAAUGUACAUUGACUACUUUUUUGAGAAGAAAGUGGUAUAUUACCCAGAUGAAAAGGUUACUACUGAACAAAUUCACAUUUCAGGAACAUUGCUAACUUUGGUUUAAAUCUCACUCUUAGUGUUAAAACAAAUCAUAUAAAGAUUUUUCAGUCUAAAAAUCAUGCUGGUAUUAGCAUCAAGUACGAAAUUAAAGUUUAAAAACAGUUUCAUUCUCUUCAAUAUGCAUUCAGAUUUUACUUUAAAAAUAUCUGGUACUGUAAAGAACCUGAAGUGAUUCACACUUAAUGGGUCAUUAAUCCAGUAUUCUUUGCCCUGACUGUUUCGAUAUUAAAGUUCAUUUAUGUUUUCUAUAACCUGUGGGAUCUUCUUGCAGUUAUUAUUGUGUGUGAGAGAUUUUUUUUUCUUUUUGACCUAGCCAUAUUGUUAUGUUCACCCAGAUAUUUGUUAGAUUUUUAAAAGAGAAAUCUCAUUUCAGAAACCAUGGUUUGUACUUGGUUACUGUUUAAUAGCACAAAUAAUUGGCAUUCUGCAGAUUUAACUCAUUUUGAAACCA